UUCCUGCUCUGACAGCGGCUCCUGACGGGGACCGGGACUCCGGGGCGCUCUCUGGGAUCGGUGCUCACCUGUAGACAUGUCUCUGUACCGAAAUGCCGUCUGGUUUCUGAAUGGGAUCCACCAGUACACAAGGAAGGGGUUCGAGGCGGCAUCUAAAGACUUCGAGGCCAAAGACCUGGACUUGUCUGUGGUGGGACGCUCCUUCAUGAUCACCGGAGCCAACAGAGGCAUCGGCAGAGCCGCUGCCUUGGCCAUCGCCAAGAAAGGUGGGACGGUCCACAUGGUGUGCAGGGACCGAGACAGAGCCGAGGAGGCCCGGGCCGCCAUCGUCCAUGAGUCCGGGAACACGGAGGUUUUCGUCCACGUUGUGGAUCUGUCUCAGACGGGCAGAGUGUGGCAGUUCGCUCAGGACUUUGUGAAGCAGCACUCCUCACUCAGUGUGCUGAUAAACAAUGCAGGCUGUAUGCUGCACCAGAGAGAGCUCAACGCUGAGGGACUGGAGAAGAACUUUGCCACCAACACCCUGGGAGUGUAUGUCCUCACCCAGAGUCUCAUUCCACUUCUGCAGAAGAGCCGGGAUCCAAGAGUCAUCACUGUGUCCUCGGGCGCCAUGCUGGUGCAGAGGCUGCAGAGUGACGACCUGCAGUCACAGAAGGGCCCGUUCGAUGGAGUGAGGGUGUACGCUCAGAAUAAGAGACAGCAGGUGGUGCUGACACAGCAGUGGGCCAAAGCCAACCCCAUCAUUCACUUCUCCGUCAUGCACCCGGGCUGGGUGGACACCCCAGCCGUUUCCUCGUCCAUGCCUCAGUUCCACCAGAUGAUGGGCGACAGGCUGCGCAGCGUGGAGCAGGGGGCGGACACGGUGGUGUGGCUGGCCCUGAGCCGAGCUGCGUCCAGGACCUGCAGCGGGCAGUUCUUUCAAGACCGUAGGCCGGUUCCUGCCCACCUGCCCCUGGCCUGGACCCGCAGUCCUGCCGAGGACGUCCAGAGCUUCAUGACCCAGGUGGAGAAUUUGGCCGGAGCUGUUGGGUCACGGCUCCGCGAGGAUCUGAACAGCUCUCUGGAAGCUUCAACACCUCAGUUUGUCUAGAAUCUUUCUCCAUCA